CUGCCCACUAAGAGCUUUGACAUAUGUUACAAUUUUCAGAAGCGACUGUUGCAUCAGGAGAGAAACGUAAAGCCAAAAGUAGUGGUUAAUGUGCCGGAAACUUUUGUGACUACUAUCGAUAAUGGUUUUCGAAUUGCAAGUGAAAACACGAAAAUGGCUACAGCUACAGUUGGUAUUUGGAUUGAUGCUGGCAGUCGUUAUGAAAAUGAUCGAAACAAUGGAGUCGCUCAUUUUCUUGAACAUAUGGCUUUUAAGGGCACUUCGAAGCGAAGCCAGAUGGAGUUGGAAUUAGAGGUAGAAAAUAUGGGUGCUCAUUUAAACGCAUAUACUUCCCGUGAACAGACAGUCUACUAUGCGAAAUGUUUUUCCAAGGAUAUUGAACACUUUGUUGAAAUGCUAUCAGAUAUUUUACGGAAUAGUUUACUACGAAAGGCAGAAAUAGAAAGAGAAAGGGACGUCAUUUUGCGAGAGAUGGAAGAAGUGGAACGUAAUUUACAGGAAUUUGUUUUCGAUCAUCUUCAUGCAGGCGUUUACAGAGGAACAUCACUAGCUCGAACUAUUCUUGGCCCCGUUGAGAAUAUACGAUCAUUACAACGUGAAGACCUCAUUGCGUAUAUAGAAGAACAGUAUAGAGGCGAACGAAUGGUUUUAGCGGGAGCAGGCGGUGUCGAUCACGAGUAUUUGGUUGAAUUAGGAAAAAAGUAUUUCGGUGAUCUUAAAACAGUAAACAAAAAUUUUGAACUGAAAGAUGACCGUAUGGAAAUGGUUUAUGGGGCUCUAGCGGUUGAAGGUUGUUCUUGGACACAUCCUGACAAUAUUCCAUUAAUGGUAGCUAAUACGAUUAUUGGUCAGUGGGACCGGACUCAUGGGACUGGAAUCAAUACACCAUCUAAAUUAGCAGAAUCACUAGGUGUAAAUGCAAACGUUCAGUCAUUUCAAGCCUUCAAUACUUGUUAUAAGGAUACUGGACUAGUUGGUCUAUAUUUUGUUUGUGAGGAAGGAGGCUGUAAAGCAGUUGUCGAUGGAGUUACAAAACAAUGGUCCUUAUGCGAAAGUAUUUCGGAAAAAGACGUGGAAAGAGGUAAACGUUCAUUAUUAACAAACAUGCUGUUAAUGUUAGAUGGUUCAACACCGAUAUGUGAGGACAUUGGACGGUUUUAUUUGUGCAGAAGAAUUUGCAAAAUCUGUUGA